AUGUCGUUCGAGAUGUCCGAGACCACGACUGAGCAAGAGUCCUUGGCAGUGCCUCAGGGCCAGAAGGGCUACAUCGCUGCGUACUGCGCCGCGACUCUGUUCGAUGGCACUUUUACGGGAUGUAACUCGGGUCCGAAGGAGCAGCCAGGUCAGGCUAUGGUUCUCAAGAGCAACGGCUCAACGUACAGUGUAGUCACCACCGGUGCUUAA